ACUCAAGUCUGUUGUGGAAAAAUAACUUGAAGCUCAAAGGGACUGGCCCACUGGAUUUGCAUUCCCAGGAGCUGGGGAAUCUCAGAAACCGUGUUUUAAAGCAGGCCGUUCUUUUACCAUCCCUUUGGGUUGUGUAAAGUCCUUUUCCCCCAUACCAACUUCCUUACUGUUCUUAUUUCCUGCUGUAGGAUUUUUGUUUUUCUUUUUCUUUACCUUCAGGGAAGGGAAAUCAAUAUAACUCCUUUUCAAGAAGGGAGGUGGCUGGUCCGAUCUCCAGCAGUACUAAAAGAUCUGUUUUGAUCUAGGUCAAGUGUCUGGGCUGGCUUAAUUCCAGCUGGGUCAACUAAUUGAUCACCAGAUGUUUCUUUGGUUUGUAUGCUGUCUUGUGGUUGCUCGGCUGAUUUCCGCGUCAGACGAGAGAUGUUCAAAACCUCCCCAAGUGGACAACAGUAUUUUUAUUGCAAUGAAGGAAGAAGGACAGAUUUCAGGAAUUUAUUCUUGUAUAAAAGGCUACCACUUGGUAGGAAAGGGAACCCUCUUUUGCAAUGCCUUUGAUGAAUGGACUGUCCCUACUGCUACAUGCCACUUGGGCCACUGUCCUAAUCCUGUGCUGUCGAAUGGCAAGUUCAAUUAUUCUUGGCCUGUGAAAGUAAGCGACAAAGUGACAUUUAUGUGCAAUGAUUACUACAUCCUCAAGGGCAGCAGUUGGAGCCAGUGCCUAGAAAACCACACCUGGGCACCUCCCUUUCCCAUCUGCAAGAGUAGAGACUGUGACCCUCCUGAGAAUCCAGCUCAUGGUUAUUUUAAGGGGAGAAAUUUCACCUCAGGAUCUAACAUUACUUACUACUGUGAAGAGGGAUACCGCUUGAUGGGCACACCGGACCAACAGUGCAUUGAUGGGGAGUGGAACAGUGACCUUCCGUCCUGUGAGCUGAUCCAGGAAGCUCCCAAACCAACUGCACCGACCAAGUAUGGGAAAGCACUACUUGCUUUUCAAGAGAAUAAAGACCUUUGCAAAGCCAUACAGGACUUUAUAAAAAGAUUAACGGAAACUGGCUUAACUAUGGAAGAACUAAAACAUACUCUAGAGAUGAAGAAAGCUGAAUUGAAGGGGAAAAAAUGCUGUCCUAACAUUGUAGCCAAGAAGACUGGUCAUAGAGAUACAUUGAAGAAUAAAUUUUCUUCUUGGUUCUGAAAUUGGUUUUUAUUUAUCUCUUAUUGGAUUGACGUGCAACUUCACAGUGGCCAGCUAAAAUUGUAUGAUGCAUUUUGUUUGUGUGUGUUGCCGUUGCUGUACUCAGAAUGUGGAAAGACCACAUAAAGUUGUUGCCUGUUUAAGACCAGGAUCAGCAACACAUUAGUGAGGAGUGGAGGGUUUAAUUUCCUGCCUGUGAGAAGAUUGAGUUAGCUUAGAUCUGAGCUAAGAGCAUUCCUUAUAUUUUUAUGAAACAGAAAUUAUAAAGCAAAAAUUAACCUCAAAUUAACCAAAAUGUAGAAUGUAAUAAUUAACCUUUUAUUUGGGGGGAAUGGGUUCAGAAUGGUUACAUCUUUAAAAUGACCCAUUGAGAUAGCAGUAGAGUUAGGACCCAAACCUUCUCUUGGGUCUCCUCUAUAUCUGGUUUAUGAAACCAGUUUUCCAAAUCUCCCACAAUUGCUUACUGCCUUUGGGUGAAAUGUAGUACUGCAUGGUAGAUUUGAGAUGAUGAAACAUAAGCAAUAAUAUUUUCUUCUCUCUCUCUCUCUCUCUCUCUUUUU